AUGAGCACGGCAGUCCACGCCGGAAGUAGCCAUACUGGCACCUCACCGAUUGUUCCUCGGAGCCCCUCACUUCUAUCGCCACCAUCUUCAAAUCCACCUUCAGCAGAAGCAUCUCCACAGCUAAAACCCCUUCCACCAAUUCCCACAGACGACUCCAGUGGAGAAGAAGAGACUACAUACAAUGACGUGAUCCGUCCAGGGGAAAUCAACGUCCAGGAGAUCGACGCUGAGUCCAUUAUUGCUCCUGUAAUAUCACGAAGCCAGUCCACUGCACUAUAUAGAAAUGCCCUCUCGCCUACUAGGACCACCGCUCCCACUGGCUUAUUCCAGCCAGGAAGCGCACAGGAUAAACGCACGCAAACCUAUGGAAGAGUGUAUCCCAAUUUCGUGGCAAGGGAAAAGACACAAGUGCAAGCAGCUCAGGGGAAGAAGUCAAGGCCAUUUUUUCAGGUCCCAUCACUGCAGAUGCCAAAUAAGAAGCCUAGACCGCCUGCACAUAGGCGAUCAUCUUCACAUCCGUCCGUACUCAUGGAUCCACUCUCCCGAAACCCAUCAGCUACAUCAUCACUAGGCGAUGAUUCAAAGUUCUUGCAUAUCCACGCUCCGGCCAACGCACGAUUCAAGGCCAUCCUAGAUGGGCUCCCGAACUUUCCAAAUUUCCCACAGCUACCACAAUUAGCGCAGUUCAAUCCGUUCACUGACUCAGUGCCCGAGACUGCACCUAAGAACACUGCUGUUUCCCCAGCAUUAGAAGCCUUGGAUAAUGUCACUGGUGAUGUAGUAAUUAUGGGCGGAUAUAGGGGAUCGAUCCUCCGAGACAAAACAGCCGGAAACAGGCGUGUCUGGGUCCCGUUGAAAGUGGGUUUUAACCUCCGCAAGAUAAACCUCGAAGUCGGCUUAGACCCAGAGGACGAGGAGAAUAUGAAAGACAAGAUCGCUCCUUCGGGAAUGCUUACGCAUAUCGGUCCUGUUGAUAUAUCUAAGAAGCUCUUGAAACGCCUCCGCUCGAAUGCAGAUGCCCACGGACGUAGAGUACAUGAGUGGGGAUAUGAUUGGCGAUUGUCUCCGGAACUUCUGUCCAAGCGGUUGAUUACCUUUUUGGAGGGACUAGAGUGUAAUUCUGGAAACCCCGAGGGAGGUGAAAAGAGGAAAGGGGCAUUGGUAAUUGCUCAUUCACUCGGGGGGUUGAUUACCAGGCAUGCCAUGAACCAGCGGCCAGACUUGUUCUCGGGUGUGGUUUUUGCGGGGACACCGCAGACUUGUGUCAAUAUCCUGGGACCACUGAGAAAUGGGGACGCAGUGUUGAUGAAUUCAAAGGUUUUUACCGCACAGGUGAACUUUACUCUCCGUACAUCCUACGCCUUCCUGCCUGAAAGCGGAGAAUGCUUCGUUGACCGCAACACCGACAAACCCCUUCCACUCGACUUCUUCAACAUCAAAACCUGGCAAGACUACUGCCUGUCCCCCUGUGUCUCCACGUUUACCCCAUACCCUGCGCCCUCAACCAGCACCUCUGUUCUCGGGACUUUAUCUGCCUUCACCUCCACUGCCGACCUAAGUAAAGACCGCAGCAUAGCCCCACAGACGUCCUCCACCCCGUCAACAGGAGCCGACCAACACCCCACUCUCCCACUCUCUCGUACAAUACCGUAUCUCGAGCGUACUCUAUCCGAAACACUCCGCUUCAGGAAGGCGCUGGAGUAUAACCCAGAGAAGGGAGCGUUGUAUCCGCCACAAGCAGUGCUAUACUCGAAAACGUCGCCGACAGUGAGAGGUGCGAAAGUGGAUGGGUUGGAGGGAAUUAAGAGGGCAGAUGCAUAUGUAGAUUUGUUAUUUGGCGCCGGGGAUGGUGUCUGCUUAGCGAAAAAAGCGAUGCUCCCCGAAGGGUAUAGAUGUGCGAAGAGGGUGGCCGUAGACAGGGGUCACAUUGGAUUGUUGGGAGAUUUGGAGGGAGUUGGAAAGUGUGUGGAUGCUUUGGUGAAGGAAAGAGGAUGGUAA